AUGAAAUCAGUAAAAGAGUCUUCUGAAAAGGUGUUGAAACGCUGCGCUGAGAAACGAUCUUCAUCGGUUGCAAAGGCAAAGGCGAUCUCAAAAUCGAAUGCUCUUCUGGACGAUUUAUUCAAAACCUUCAUGGCACCACCUUCAAAAUCAGGAGCAUCUUCGCACAAGGACCCAUCGCCACCAGUUGAAGUAAAACCAAAGAAAACUGUCGCUUCGGGCGUUAACAAAAAUCGUAAGAACCUGCUGAUUGGUGGUGGUCAUUCGGCCAGAGUCGGUAUGGUACUGGAGAAGGCAACACGCAUACGUGCCAGAUUUGAGCAUGAAGAGCGACUUCGUAAUGAGGGCAAAGGAUCGCUGAAUCGAGCUUCAUCGGCACAUGACAGUGCACAACAGCCAUCUUCUUCAUCGUCCACUUCGAACGAUCAUUAUGAAAAUCGCAAAACCGUUGAGGGCUAUUUGAAAAGUUUUGGUGGCAAACUUGGUGCUUCAUCAUCGAACACUCAACGACUGGACAAGGAUUCGUCGGCUUCAACGAAUUCACGCAAACGUAUUUUGGAUUUGCCGAUUCCGAAGACGAUAGCGUUGGAUUUGGUGGGCGAAAUUCUCGCACCGAAGCAAACUCAAGUGGAGCGCUAUGUGCCGACAAAACCGACUGCGCAACAGAACCAGUCAGCGUUCUCGUCAACAUCAUCCGGAAACAGUCCGUCGAUCGGUGGCCCUCCAGUGGCUUCAUCGUCACCGAUCGCAUCGAUGAAUUCUGCCUCUGACGAUGUCGGCGACGAUAGUUCCACUCGAAUCAACUCAGCGUCGUACACUCCUCAGAGCCAGAGCCGUGAUUUGCAACAAUCCUCAGUGGCGUUUGCUUCGACCGGUUCGGCUUCUUCAUCGUCUACACCAGCCACUCCAUCGAGCUUGUUGCAGUCACCUCAAGACGGGCAAUCCUCCUCGAGUGCGUCUACGAUUCACAACUCUCACUCCGCUACCACUGCUCCAUCAUGUGCAUCCAAGAAUGUGAACGUGAUUACCUCCUCGUCUGCUACAUCAGCUAGCUCGUCACCAUCGUCAAGCGACUUAUCCGCUUCAGCCACUCCAACCUCAACAGCAACAACUGCCAAAAAGCCGCGUUUGGAUGGAAAUGCGAUAAGUAACGUGCUGAAUGCUUUGCAUAAUCUACGUCGUUGA